AUGAGGCCGAGGUUCGCUUCGGCUCUGAGCCUAACGGUACUAGUAAUAGCAAGCCUUUGGCCCGCCGUGAGUGGGCUCUUGGAUGGAGAUGAAGACGCCAAUAGGUUGUCCCUGCUCAUUGCAGUUCCAUUGACCAAAAACAACACAAACGUCCCAGAUCCAGGUUGGAUCCAACUGGCGUCAGCCUUGUUGGCCAUUGAUCACUUCAAUUCGCGGAAUUCGAUCGUUGUACCGGAACUGGCCGAUCUGAAGAAUUCCGGCUGUGACAUUACCUUUGGCAAUAUUUCGGUGCUCGAUACAGGGACCAAUGACAAGCAUAUUGCCAUGGAAGACUUGGCGUCCCUCCCAGACGCCAUUGCAGGACCAUACAAUGAAAUUCCAGCCUUGGAACUCUCCGUCUUUGCAACAUCCCUCAAGAUACCCGUCGUGGCUCAUCGGGCCUUUGAUUCCACACUCCUCGAGUCGGAAAAACACCCCUACUUUAGUCAAGUCAGUGCCGAUCCUUUCUCCGAGAUGCACUUUUUAGCCAGUUACCUCAAUCAUACCGGGCGGAACAACUACAUUGCCGUCGUGUACUCCAGUACACCCUCGGUCAUGCAAAAGGUCGACAUUCUGCGGGCCAUUCUCGAUCAGGGCAUGGUGGACCGACAAGUACGCACAUUUUCCUAUCACUCCAUGGACUCGGAUACGGCCGUCGAUGGACUUCACGAUGUGUCCAUUCGAUACGCACUGGCAAAGGUCCGAGAGACGGGGUUCCGGACGGUCGUCUUGUUGGCCGAUGACAUUCAACAAGAUGCUCCCGAAAUUCAACAAGCCGCCACCGAUUUUGAAUUGGAUCAAGGAGAUCACUUCUGGGUCUUUUCGGGCGGGGUGGCACAAUUGUCCACGGAAGAGCAAUACAACCUUUUGAAAUGGAGUCGAGACAAAUUUGGGAACCGCAACAUUUUCAAGGGAGCGGCAUUUUUGCUUCCAUACGAUGGAUUCGAUUUUGAUUACUUGAACGGUUUCCAAUCAUCAUUGUUGGAACAAAACCGGACGUUUGUCGAACGAUUGGAAGCUCUGACACCCAUUCGGAAUUACUACGAUUGGUCGUACGCCAAGGGCAAUGAGUCGGAUGCCCUGAAUACCAUCAUGCAGACACUCCUCACUUGGUGGCAAGGUUCCAGUUACCUCUACGAUGCCACCAUGGCCAUUGGCAUCGGAGCUUGCGAGGCUCUCUUGGAUGCUGGAAACGAUACCGGAGUCAUGACGGGAGACAUGCUCAUGAGUGGAAUUCGUUCUGUCGACUUCAAAGGAGCUUCGGGAAGGGUCAAGUUUAAGGGUGGCAAUUCGGGAACAAGAGUGAGCAACACUAUUCCCUACACCGUUAUCAACUUGCUUCCAGAUCGAGACGACGAUGAGUUGCUGUGGGUAACCGAAAUUAGAGAUCCUGCCACGGAAGAGUUCAUCACUCUUUCACCGUUUGUGUACGCCAAUGGUUCGAACGAACCACCUGCUCUUCUGAGGGAUGUACCAGAACAGAACUACAUUGAUUGCGUCUACCGUGCUAUUGGCUUGACCCUAAUGGCGAUUGCCCUCUUGUUGGUCUUGGUGUGUACCAUCUGGAUUGUCAUUCACCGAAAUCACAAUGUUGUGAUCGCGGCCCAGCCGUUUUUCCUCUAUGCCAUCUGUCUUGGAUCGGCCAUAAUCUCGCUCAACAUCUUCUUCAUCAGUCCCGACGAAGGCAUGGGAUGGACAGAAGAGAUGCUUGACAACUCUUGUAUUGCCGCCGUUUGGAUGAAUGCGGUUGGUAUGCUUCUCAUCUACGGUUCGCUCUUUGCGAAACAUUGGCGUGUGAACCGUCUCAUGCUCCACAAAUCCAAGAACGUGUCAAUUGGCAUGUGGUUGGCACCGGUGAUCUUCUUGUUUGCAGUUGUCGUUGUGCUCCAAAGUAUUUGGACCGCGAGGGGGGCAUACGGAUGGGAGCGGAUAGAGAUAGAUGAGGUGACCGGUGAAUCCAUCGGAAGCUGUACGGGAGAUGUGGCUCCGUGCCUCUACUUUACUGGAAUGUUUCUCUUUAUCCCCGUCGCUCUCGCAGGCAUCAUGGCCUACAAGACUCUUGGUGUCGAUGACCUGUAUUCUGAGAGCAAAUGGGUUUUGAUCUUUAUACUGGUGCAGUUCCAGGUGUAUCUUGUGGGCGCACCAGUACUACAGAUUUUGAGGACCGUUUCUCCUGAUGGGAGGUUUAUCGGUGAAACCUUGAUUGUCUGGACUGUUCCGAUGAGUACGAUGGGGCUCAUCAUCUUCCCAAAAGUUCUGACAGUGAGGCGAAUGCAGCGUAAUGCCGAUACCGGAAGCAGCGAUACAGUGGAGAGCCAGAGCAGUCUGUCAGUCGACUCGCCAGAUCCGGGCGCUUCUAGUGACGAAAGAGCGGCCAUCGGCGGCGCCUUCAAUCCCGCCGCAGACCCCACCAUAAGGGGGCCCCGCAUUCAAGUUGUGACGUUCGAUUAG